CGCCGUCGCCGCCAGAGAGCUCCCCCUCCCCUCUCAGUUUAAACCGGUCGCCCCUGGGAUAAUAGGAUGUAAUCUUUGGAUUUGAAAGGUUGCAUUCAUUCAUCUUAAAAUGCAGUGGUCAGCUGUUUUGCAGGCAAGGGAAAGUUACCACUUGGACCAAGAUGACUGAAGUAAAUGUAUCCAGUUCCUUAAAUGGUUUGAGCUUGAUGGGUAUUCUGGAUGCUAGAGUGGGCAACAGGAUCCAGAAUUUUCCAAACUUGAAUUCAAGGGCUCCAAGAUCUCUCUCCUUGCCUGAAUAUGGACCCACCCAACCUAUCCAGCACUCUGUUGCUUUAGAAGAUAGUCAUAGCCUUAAAUCGGUGGAUUCUGGUAUUCCAACCCUGGAAAUAGGGAAUCCAGAACCUGUCCAUUGCAGUGUUUUACAUGUGAAGAGAAAACAAUCUGAGCCGGAAAUUAUGCCGGAAAGAACUUUUCAGAGUGCUUGCACACUGCCAUCUUAUGUGCCUCCACAUUCCUCGACUGCUGAACAUGAAAAUGCUGUACGAAAAUCCUCAACCUUUCCAAGAACUGGAUAUGACACGGUGAAGCUAUACAGUCCCACCUCUAAAACACUGAAUCGAAGUGACGAUAUCUCUGUAUGUAGUGUCUCUAGUCUCAGUACAGAACUGUCAACAACAUUAUCGGUUAGCAAUGAGGAUAUCUUGGACUUCAUGGUCACAAGCAGCUCGAGUGCAAUUGUGACCCUGGAGACUGAUGAAGCACACUUUUCAGAUGUUACAUUGAAUUCCAGUAAGGAGACCAGUGAACAAAGCCAGCAGGCAUGUUGUCAAGAAACAGAGGUGGACAGUAAAUUGAAAAUACUUGGACCUUUCACUAGCUUCUUCUCCAGGAAUUUAUUUGCUAGAAAACAGAAUGCAGGACUUGAGAAGCAAAAUGACUUGGGCUGGAAGUUAUUUGGAAAAACACCUGUCGGAGAAAAUUCACAGAAAGAUCCAAAGAAAAUACAAAAGGAAUAUGAAGAAAAAGCUGGACGACCUCACAAGCCACUCUCUCCUAAACAGAAUGUGAGGAAGAACCUUGACUUUGAGCCACUCUCCACCACCGCACUUAUUCUAGAAGACAGGCCAGCGAACCUUCCUGCAAAACCAGCAGAAGAAGCUCAGAAACACAGACAACAGUACGAAGAAAUGGUGGUUCAAGCAAAAAAAAGAGAGCUUAAAGAAGCCCAGAGGAGAAAGAAACAACUGGAAGAACGAUGUAAACUGGAAGAAAGCAUUGGCAAUGCUGUUUUAACUUGGAACAAUGAAAUCUUACCCAACUGGGAAACUAUGUGCUGUUCCCGUAAAGUUCGAGAAUUGUGGUGGCAAGGUAUUCCUCCAAGUGUGCGAGGCAAAGUCUGGAGCUUGGCAAUUGGCAAUGAGUUAAAUAUAACUCAUGAACUCUAUGAUAUCUGCCUAGCUCGUGCCAAGGAGAAGUGGCGGUCACUUAGCACAGGAGGUGCUGAGGUAGAGUGUGAAGAUGCUGGAUUUUCUACAGCAGAUAGAGAAGCAAGUUUGGAAUUAAUAAAACUGGACAUUUCGAGAACAUUUCCUAAUCUCUGUAUUUUCCAGCAAGGUGGUCCUUACCAUGACACGUUGCACAGUAUUUUAGGAGCCUAUACUUGUUACAGACCGGAUGUUGGCUAUGUACAGGGCAUGUCAUUCAUAGCAGCAGUAUUGAUCUUGAAUUUGGAUACUGCUGAUGCCUUCAUUGCUUUUUCUAACCUUUUGAAUAAACCUUGUCAGAUGGCAUUUUUUCGAGUGGACCAUGGCCUUAUGUUGACCUAUUUUGCAGCAUUUGAAGUGUUUUUUGAAGAAAAUCUGCCAAAGUUGUUCGCUCACUUCAAGAAAAACAACUUGACGCCAGACAUCUAUCUUAUUGAUUGGAUAUUCACAUUGUACAGCAAAUCUUUGCCACUAGACCUGGCAUGUCGUGUCUGGGACGUAUUCUGCCGUGAUGGAGAGGAGUUCCUUUUCCGUACGGCCUUGGGAAUACUAAAACUUUUUGAAGAUAUUUUGACCAAAAUGGACUUCAUUCAUAUAGCUCAAUUCCUAACAAAGUUACCAGAGGAUUUGCCUUCAGAAGAAUUCUUCACAUCUAUUGCUGCAAUUCAGAUACAAAGCAGAAACAAAAAGUGGGCUCAGGUACUGACUGCAUUGCAGAAAGACAGCCGGGAAAUGGAGAAAGGAAGCCCUUCACUCAAGCACUGAAAACUAUGGCUGCUUCAAAUUGAUGCCCAGGGGAAAAGAAUUUAAAUGGCAAAUGGACUGAGUACAGCUUGACAUACAUGGAGCUGCAUCAAAGUGUUUCAGAGUUUUGCUUAGCAUUGGAGAUGAUGGCCUUAACAGAAAACAAAAUAAGGGGAAGGGACCUAUUUUAAAUAACAAAACCAAGGCCUAGCCUAAAGAAGCUCAGUAGAAUGUGUGAGGACAGCAUUACACAUUCUACACUUUUAAUGAAGACAGUGAACCUAAACCAUUUUAAGUUUUCCUUUUUUAUUUCAAUGAUUAUUUUAAAAUACUGGUCAUUGAUCGUGCUUUGAAAUCUAUUCCCCUAGUUUGAUCCUUAGCCAGAAUAUACAUCCCAUAUCCAAGAGUGUAACUAGAUCUGGAUCUUCAAUACCUGGUGCUGGUAUUUAUAGUUAAGUGGGGUGAGGACCACUUCUUGAGAAAUGAUUCCUGUUUUUAAAGGCUUUAGGCCCCAUUUACCAAAGAUAUCAUUAGAUUAAAAAUAGAACUGCAUUCCAUUCACUAACAAAAAUGUUAAGUAGAAAAUACACUUGACUAAGAAGGAUGAAGUCAGACUUUUAGUACAGCAGCAGAGACCAUUUUUAAGAUGACUUUCAAUAGUGUUUUCCAAUUUGGAUGCACUGGGGAAGAGCUAAAUUUAAUCCCACUGAAUUACUUGUGUUCAUCAAGGUGUAAUCCUUGGCAUUACACUAACAUUGCUCUGUAUGGGUUCAAUUCCAUUUCCCUUUUAAUAGCAGGUAAAGUGCUCCUAAAUAGCAACAAGCAAAUGAGGUUUACUGAGGAAUGUCAAAUGUAAAUGCUAACAGGACAAAUAAAAUGAAUCAAUCCAUCUAGCUGUUUUAAGACCAGCCUGGAACACACUGUAAUACACUUAAGUUUGGAGACAGCAAACUUCAAUUAUGUUUUUUUGUUACACAGUUAAACUUUUCUGCCUUCAACUUAAUGUUUGAUUGUAAAUCAUAAGUGCCCAUGCUGUAUGUUUUCCACUUUACAAGAAAGUGUAUCGCAUCAUGUGCUUUAUAAAUAGUAUGAAUUGCAGGUCUGAAAAGGGAAACUAACUGAAGCAAUAUGUUUGAUAGAGUAAAUGGGAAUCCUGAACUCUCCAGGCUUGUAUCUUUUGUUUAACAUCAUCCUUCAGUCUGUCCUCUAGGCUGAUUUUGUUUUAGUGUUGUCUGGAACAAAUAUGAAUUAGGGGAAACUAAAAUUAACAUUGGCUUAAAAUGGAAGUGUAUUUGCACACUCUUGCAUUCCAAGUACAUACAGCAUCUAAUGUCAAAUGACCACAUUAUACAUGCAAAUUAUUAUUAAUCUCCUUAUGUGGUAUUUUGACUAUAAUAUUUAAGAAGGCUCACCAUGACUUUUCUGUGUUAAGUGUUUGAGAACUCCUGGUCAGAGAGAAUAUGAAAUGCAAAUGCAGCUUGCAAGUCUGUUACCUCUUUGGCCUCUUUCCCUUCCUUCCCUGUGCACCCAGUGUAAUUGGUUAGUUAGUUUGUUUUUGAUACUGACCUUUAAUUUCUUCAGUAAGGGGUGAAUUGGUAAUUUUUUUGUGAAGAUAAGCAAUCAGGCAUAGAUGUGGUAAUGUUUCCAUUCCCUCAUCUGAAAUUGCUUACCUUUGGUCCUCCUGUGAUUGGUACUCAUGUUACGUGCUUUUAAGUGCAAUAGAAAGCUGGAAGGUCAGUAGCUAUUGAUUGACAUUAAUACCUUUUAAAUACCACAAAUAUGCCUUUACAUGAAGGUGUAGAGAGGCCUAACAUUCAAAACAUUUGCACUAUAUUUUUACGUGACUUACUAAACUUACUCAGACCAACUUUUUCCUUGGUAUACGUUCAAUUAGAUGGUACUGUAGCUAGCUUUGAGACUGUAACUUGGUUUUCAUCACAAUUUAGUGCCCAUUUCCUUUUAAACCAAGUCUUCUGCGAUAUGGCUCAGUCAUCUUGCAAGAAUGCAUUCUUUAGCCGUGGUAUUUUUGCAGCAAUCCUUGAUCUGUUCUUCUUUUCCUCCCUUCCCAAUAUUGUUGAAUGUAACUCUGAAAAUGGGCGUGGUUGUCAGAAAAAGGCCUGCUGCAGUACUCGUGCACUGUUUGUAACUGGCAGAUGUAAUUAUUUUUGUUCUGUUGGGUUUUUUCCUGUUCUUUGAGGAUGUAUAUAUUUUCUAAUUGUUUUCUUUGUGUACAUAUGGUCUGUUCUUUAUGUAAUGAAGAAAAGCAAUGCAAUAAGGAGCUUUGCACAGUUUGUUUAAAAACUGCAUUUGGAAAACCUUUUUCACCUGCCUAAAGAUGCAAUUGUUUAAACUUUUCAGUAGACUUGAUUUGAAAAUAUGCUUGAAUUUUGAUAAAAAAAAAAACCCCAAUAUAUUAAGAUGUGUAGUAAUAGCUUAGGAUUGCUUACCACUACAGCUUUUUUUAAGUUUCUGACAGUAUACCAAAUCUUGUUAAUUAGCGAGUAAGGAAGAAUUCCAUAAUAAAUUCAGGGAUUACAUAACCCAUUUUGCUAAUUUGCUUUUGUUGUUUGAGCAUUCAAGGGUACAUGUGAGACAAUGCAUGAGACUUCUUCCCCUUAUUUGGCACAUGUCUGCAUCACACCAGAGCUAUUCUCCCCCUUCUCCCUCCAUGAGUUUAAAGUAGACUUAAAAUGCUGCAAUAUUUCAGAAGCCUGCAAUUUUCACUUUACAUGCAGCAAAUUAGAGAAACUAGACUUCAACCAGGUUUGAGAUUUUUGUGCAACCUGCACUUUAUAAUAAAAACAAUUUUGCAUCUUCAAUCAGUAGUAGUUAAAAGUAUCGUUUAGAAAAGAAUUUAAUUUUAAAGGGUACUUUAUAACGGCUUAUAUUUUUGGAUGUUUUAAAUACUAGAACGUAUAGAAACCCAUUGAUACACCCUCUGUAUAUCAUGUUCAGAUUGUUUUUAUGUAGUUAUCGGUUUGUUUUGUUUAGGUAAGUGUAUCAAACUGGAACUUUUUUGAACUGUAAAUAUAUGAUUUUAUUAAAUAAAGUCAAGUAAAGUUACCUUAA